CUCACUGUUGUUUUUACUGUUCAGGAGCAGCUGCGGGACUAGUGAUUGUAGGUCAGUGUGUUGGUUCAGCCACUAGGUGGCAGCAGAGACCGGGCGUCCUCACACCGUGACCCACAGCCUGCAGACGGAAUCAAUUCAUUCACUUUGAUGCAGGAACAAAUAAAGUCUGUUUAUGCAGUCGUAGUAAAAUGACUAGUAGGAGGAGUAGCAGCAGAGACGCUGUGAGUGACGGCAGCCGUGCGUCAGAGACCACGUGGCCUCGUCCUGGUUGGUCCUCAGCUGCAUCAGACGCCACUUCUCCUCAGGUUCACCAGAGGAAACAGCGCUGCACAAAAUGCUUUUCCUCCCAGCUGCUGCUCUGUGCUGCCUGUGUUCAGCACUGGUUGCCAUGGCAGCACAGCUGCAUCAGGAGGACUUAACGUUGACCAGGAGGCCGGGAGGAAGCGUCUCCUUCAGCUGUCGAGAAACUCGUCAGUGUAGUAGUAACUGGGUCUACUGGUACCAGAAGAAACAAGCAGGAACGUUCAGAGUGAUUCUUGACAUUGGCAAGACAAAUGGAGACAUAGAUAAACGUUACAAUCAUCCUCAGAAAGAUGAUUUCUCAGCUGCAAACAUACAAAACGGCUGUGAGUUACAGAUCAAACAGGUUAAAGUGGAUCACGCUGCCUCCUACUACUGCACCUGUUGGAAGUCUGGUUACUGGGUCUUUGGUUCUGGAACUGAACUGGUCGUCACAGACGAGCCGGUGCUGAAGCCCGUGGUGAGCGUGUACCCAGCAGCGUCCAGAGGCCUGGAGGCGAGCGGCUCCCUGCUGUGCGUGGCCUCGCACAUGUUUCCUCCUCGAGUCCGCUUCUCCUGGAAGGUCCAGAAGGUGUGUGCUUGUGUUGCAGAGGUUCCGGCUCCAGCGGCCUCGUGUCCUCCAGAGAGAGAAGCAGCAGCGCCGGCAGCUCUGCAGCCGACUGACGAGCUUCCCCUGGACCGGGAUCGGGACCGGGACCGGGAGCAGAACCCAUUGGAGCAGCAGCGGGUCAAGCUGCUGUGCGUGUGCUCCACGGUGCUGAUAGUCAAGAGUCUGGUUUACUGCUGUGGACUCUCUGUGCUGAGGAUCCUCAGGACCGAGCCUCACCUGCUCUGAGCUCCGUUCAGCACCUUUUUAUCGCCUUCACAUUUAUUAGUAUCAGUCCCAGAAUGUUUAGUUUGUUCAGUGACUGUGUUCCACAUCUCUUGUCUUUGUCUUUUCAAUUUAAAUAAAAGUCAGCGUUCCUGAAUAA